AUGGCUCCUGCUUCCUCCCUGCCAUGGCCUCUACUCCUGUUCAUCGUCUUGGUCUCGUGGUGCGGCCGGAGUUCCGCCGGCGUUGACCCGACCCUGGGCUUCAUCGCCGUCAACCUCACCGAGGACCGGUUCAAGCUGCACCACCCGUACGACCUGCCGCCUGAGCAGCGGUACGAGUUCCGCGAUGGCGUGCGGCGGAUGUGGGUGUACUGCACCGACAAGCCCUUCAGCCGCGGCAGCCCCACCAAGCCGCGCUCCGAGAUCCUCCUAAACGUGACAUACACGACGGGGGUGUGGCAGUUUGAAGGCUACGCGUACGUGCCGGUGGGGACAUCCGGCGUGUCGGUGAUGCAGGUGUUCGGCGCGUCGGGGCAGAACACGACGUUGAGGUUGCACGUGCACGGCGGCCGGCUCAUGUACUACAACGACGAGUCGCGCGUCGUCGACGCCAGCAUCUAUGACCGCUGGUUCCGGCUCAACGUGGUGCACGAUGUCGGCGCGGGGGCACUCACGGUGUUCGUCGAUGGCGAGGAGCGGCUCGCCGUCGCGGGACACGGCGGGUACCGCCACUACUUCAAGUUCGGGUGUACACACAGAGGGACCCCUCGCACUACAUGGAGUCCCGGUGGAGGGACGUCAAUGUCUACACCAAACUCGGUUGAGAUUCAGGGCUUCAGGCUGUAG